UCGCGCGAACGUCUCGCCGCGCUGUAUCCAUUAUAUACGUAUAGAAUAAUAGAGAGAACAAAAAAGUUUGAGGAUCAAAAGCUGUGCGCAACCUAUAUAUCGAGUGUUCUUCUUUUUUUUUUCAUCAUCGUCGUUCUUCUAUGCGAUGCCGAUGAGGUUUAACCUUGAGGACGAAUAAUUGAUUUUUCUUUACGGGUAUCGCCGUCGCCGUCGUCGUCGUCAUGGGUGCUGUGAUACGACAGAUUUGGGACCGUAACGCGCAAGAGCUAUGGAUCUACGUGGGCCUGAUCGCGCUUCUGCUGGCCGCUUACCUCUUCAAGCGCCACAUAAGAAUAUUUUGGACCGUAUUGAAGCUGCACGGCCCGCCCAUCUAUCCGUUCAUCGGCAACGCCAAUUGGCUCUAUCGCAAAGACAUUCUCGAGGUAAUGGCUUACAAAGCCUACAAGGAUUACGGCUCGAUCGCUCGAUUCUGGAUCACUCUGAUCCCCUACGUGGUCCUGCUCGAGCCCGAGGACAUUCAGGUCGUGCUCGCGAGCUCGAAGAACACCAAGAAGAUCGUGUUCUAUCGUCUGCUCGACAAUUUCCUCGGCAAGGGCCUGAUCACGAGCGAGGUCGACACCUGGCGGACGCACAGGCGCGUGCUGCAGCCGGCCUUUCAUCUCACGGUGCUGCAGAAGUUCGUCGACUCGUUCUCCGAGUGCGCCGAUCGGCUGUCGAGCAAGUUGGCCAAGUGCGCGGGUAGAGAGCUGGACGUCACGAGAUUCGUCAACGACGCCGUUUACGAGAUCUUAAACGAGACCGUUUUGGGAGUCGACAUAGCACAAAAGGUCAGAGAAGACGGCACGGUCGAUCUCGAUGAUUUACCAUUUCGCAAAGGGCAAAUGGUCGUGCCGUACCGUCUCAUUCAUCCGUGGCUACUAGUCGAUUGGAUCUACCGACUGACCACGACGGGCCGUCAAGAGAAGAAGCAGAGCCAAGACCUGACGGCCGCCUGCCAGCGCAUGAUCGACGAACUUCGCAGAAAGAAACAAUCGUCCUCGUCUUCGGAAAGCAGCAGCAGCAGCGGUCCGACGUUGGAAAACGAGAAGGAGAAAAAGACGUCCCUGCUCGAGUACAUGCUCGAGCAGAGCGAGAAGAACCCGGAGGGUUUCGGUGACGAGGACAUCAUAAACGAGUGCUGCACGUUCAUGCUGGCGGGCCAGGACUCGGUGGGCACCGCCACCGCCAUGAGCCUCUUUCUGCUGGCCAAGCACACCGAGUGGCAGGACAAGUGUCGCGCCGAGCUCGACCAGAUAUUCGCCGCCGACAGCGGCGGCGGGGAUCCCGCGAGACCCGCCACCAUGCAGGAUCUCAAGGCCAUGAGGACGCUCGAGUGGUGCAUCAAGGAGGCGCUCAGGCUCUAUCCGAGCGUGCCGCUGUUCGCCCGUACCCUCGGCGAGGAUGUCACAGUCGCCGGCAAGCACGUGAUACCGUCGGGCUGCGGGGUAAUUAUACUGCCGUACACGACGCACCGGCUGCCCCAUCACUUCCCGGAGCCGCACAGCUAUCGCCCGGAGCGCUUCAGCCCCGAAAACUCCGAGAAGAGGCAUCCCUACGCUUAUUUGCCCUUCAGUGCCGGACCGCGCAAUUGCAUCGGAAACAAAUUCGCGAUACUGGAGAUGAAGGCCAUGAUAAGCUCGAUACUGAGGAAAUGCAAGCUCGGCACGAUCGAGGGAAAGACCGAGGUGAAGCCGAAAUUUCGUCUGACCGUCAGGGCGUCCGGCGGGCUCUGGGUGACGGUCAAUCAGCGAUGAUGAAUAAUCUUAAGUUUACGCAAUAAGAGAUAAUUGUUAAAUGACCCAAGGUAAAGGUAUGCAUUUAUACCGAACGUUUUUUUUUGUUACUUUUUAUGAAUUUUUGUACAAUAACAACGCGAAAUAUCGUUUCACACACGCAAAUUAUGUACAGUGAUAAUCGAUGUCUUUUUGUUUUUAAGUUCAAGGCGAGCGUUGUGAAUUGCUAUAAGUGCCAGUAACUUUAAAAAACCCACAAAAUCAAUCAUAAAUUCAAAUUAUAAAAAGAAUCAAUUGUGCAGAUCGCAGGAGUAUCUGAAGCGGUGGCUCCAUUGUUAAUUUUAUUGCAAAAGAUAUUGAUUUAAUAAUCCUUAUAUUAUUAGUACAAAGUUAUCCAAGAAUAGCGUCGACUUAUAAAUAUAUUAAUCCUCUUAUAUAGUGGUAUGAAGUGUAUAAUGAUUGCUCGAUAUCGUUUGCAAACUGAGUAUACUAAAAUUAAAUUUCAAAUUAAAUGAUCUGCUCGAGGACUUGCGAAUUAAAAAAUUGAAAUGAUAAAAUUUUAUAUUUAUUAUAUUGUUAUCAUAAUUUGAAUAUGCUCGAAGUUCCUUAUAUUAUUUUCGUCAUGAAUCAGAUAUUGAUUCACUAAUGUUCUCUAGUACAUCCCUGGUAGAAAGAAAUGCUCAAAAUGAAUAAUUAAUCAAUGACCGAACAAUGACUACUUAAAGUGUUUCUAAAUAUAUUGCGAUCAUUGGCUUAUUUUAACAAUUUUUUUUUGUACAAUUAUGUUAAAAAAUAUUAAGCUCAUUUUUAAUAACCUAAAAAUUUAUAUUUUUGAUCACUUGCAAUAUGUUAAUAUCACUUCAAGCCGCUGGAUGGCGAGUACCUUUAUCUGCAAAUCUGCAAGUCGUAAAGUAAAAAAAAUGUAUAAAUCGAAAAUGUUCAUAUGGUCAGUUCAUUAAAUUCAUGUUCAUCCUAUCUUAAUUUGUGAAAAUUUUUCAUUGGUCAAAAAUUAGCCUUAAAAUUUUGAGCGUUUCUACUAAUGAAAAUAUUUUUAUGUACAUGGAUUUGUUUUAAAAUUGGCAAGAUAUAUUCUAUCGCAUUUUUAUUCAUUAAGAAAUAAUUUGAUUAUUUCAAAUGGUAAAAAUCCUUUGUAAUCGCAGUAUUUUUAAUAUAUUAAAUGUACGUCUUACAAUUUGCAACACUCUGUUAAUAUUAUAGAAUUAUAACAAAUUAUUUGAAUUGAAAUAAGUGAAUUUGUAACAAGCAAACAAAAUUUGUAAUAUCUAAUUGUAAUUUCUGUAAAAAUAUGCUUCGUUGAAAAAUUAAAAAUUUUUUUUAUAAAUAUCUUCUGAUUUUACAAAAGCUCUAAUGCAAUAUGAUAGCAGUGAAACUUAA